GAUCACUGAUACAUGGUUUGACCCCAAAAUUGCCCCAUUUCAGCUUGUUGAUUCUGACUUAAAAUUUAGAGACCAUCUAAAUUUUGUUCUUUGUCAUGAUUUAUCUUCUGCAGGUGACAUAGUGGGACUUUAUGAAGCGGCUGGACAAAAUAAUCAGAUCUGCACAGGAAUUGUCACCCGGAUGGCCUCCAAUUCAAUUACUAUUGCAGUUGAUGAGCCUCAGAGUAACCUUGUAAGUUUAGAUGAGGAGAAUUUGUACCGUCUGUUGAAACUUGCCAAUGAUGUUACAUACAACAGACUCAAAAGGGCUUUAAAUACACUUAAUCACUAUCGGUCUGGUCCAGCAUCUGAUCUUAUUGAUGUGCUGUUCUGUUCUUCUGAACCUAGUGGUGCCAGUGAUACAAAGCUUUUGAAGUUCUACAAUGAAUCACUGGAUGCCUCUCAGAAGGAGGCUGUUUGCUUUUCACUGGCACAGAAGGAACUGGCUAUCAUCCAUGGACCACCUGGAACUGGCAAGACAACAACUGUGGUGGAGAUAAUACUCCAAGCUGUGGAGCAAGGCUUGAAAGUUCUCUGUUGUGCUCCCUCUAACAUUGCAGUCGAUAACUUGGUGGAGAGGCUCUCUGACCAUAAGAUGCGGAUCCUGCGUCUUGGUCGCCCGGCUCGUCUCCUGGAGUCCGUACAGCACCAUUCACUUGAUGCUGUCCUGUUGCGUGGGGAUAAUGCCCAGAUUGUAGCAGAUAUCAGGAAGGAUAUUGAUCAAGCAUUUAUGAAAACCAAGAAGUCCCAAGACAAAGGAGAGAGAAAACAUUUUUUUAAUGAAAUUAAAAUACUGAGAAAGGAGCUGAAGGAGCGAGAAGAAAUGGCUAUGUCUGAAACCUUGCAACAAGCUCAUGUUGUUCUUGCAACAAACACAGGUGCCUCUUCUGAUGGUCCGCUGAAGCUACUUCCCGAGAACCACUUUGAUCUCGUGGUGAUUGACGAAUGUACUCAAGCUCUUGAAGCAAGCUGUUGGAUCCCACUGCUGAAGGUCGGGAAGUGUAUCCUGGCUGGUGAUCACAAACAGCUGCCUCCCACAAUCAUCUCUCACAUGGCUGCCACCCAAGGCCUUUCUCUUAGCUUAAUGGAACGGCUGAUUCAGCAAUAUGGGGACCGUGUUGUGAAGAUGCUCACUGUGCAGUACCGAAUGCACCAAGCCAUAAUGCAGUGGGCUUCCACUGAGAUGUAUGAUGGUCGCCUCUCAGCUCACUGUUCUGUUGCACAACAUUUACUGAAAGACUUGCCAGGAGUGGCUCCCACAGAAGAGACCAGUAUCCCAUUGCUGCUUAUAGAUACAGCUGGCUGUGACUUAUUUGAACUUGAAGCGGAAGAAGAACAGUCUAAAGGAAAUCCAGGUGAGGUACAACUUAUCGGCUUGCAUAUAGAUGCUUUGAUAGAAGCUGGUGUGAAGGCCAAAGAUGUAGCUGUCAUUGCUCCUUACAAUCUUCAGGUGGACAUGCUAAGAAAACAUCUGUGUCAUAAGCAUCCAGAGCUGGAGAUUAAAUCAGUGGAUGGCUUCCAAGGAAGAGAAAAGGAAGCUGUUGUUGUUUCUUUUGUGAGAUCCAACAGAAAAGGUGAAGUGGGAUUCCUUGCUGAAGACAGGAGAAUAAAUGUUGCAAUUACCCGAGCCCGGCGUCAUGUGGCUGUAAUCUGUGACUCUCGCACCAUUAGCAACCAUAGUUUUCUUAAACGACUGGUAGACUAUAUGACCACCCACGGCGAAGUGCGCACAGCCUUUGAAUACCUGGAUGACAUUGUACCAGGAAACUAUACUCCCAAGAACUCUCUGGGUCCCCAUGACAAGGAAAAGAGACUGAAAUGCAGCACACCCCCAGUCCCAAAGGCUCUUGGAGAGAAACCAAGAGGAAGACCAGCCCCAAAGUCCAGGGAGAGGCCAACAGAAUGUUCCUUGAAAAACACAGGCAAAGUCACAACAUCAGGAACCAAAGAGAAUGAAAAUUCAUGUAAACAUAAAGCAAGAAUAUUGGAGUUUCUGGACAGUAGUGAGACCCAACUGGAUUUCCCUUCCUCCUUAAAUGCUCACGAUAGAAUGCUUAUCCAUCAGUUGGCCGAAGAAUAUGGGCUGCAACAUGUAAGCACAGGAGAAGGCAGUGCACGAUACAUAAGUAUUCGUAAGAGAGCUUCUCUCACUAAAUUAUCCUUAGGAGAUGCUGUGGUUUGUAAGCAAGAGUUAAUUCAGAGUCCUCCGAAAGAAGUGCACAUCCAUGGUGAGGAGAAGGGAAGCAGUGCUGGCGCAGGGGCCGCAGAUUUGAAAACAUUGCAUGUGGAACGGAUUCAGAGAGAGAGAGCCAAGAAAGAUGAGAGAGCAAAACAAAGCCGAGAAUCAGAUGCAAAUCUUCAGGAAAUAAUUGGGAAGAAAGACAAAAAUGUUGGAGGAAAGGCUACUGGUACAUCCAAGAAGGAAAUUGCAGCCGAGGAAGACUUUGAUGCUAUGAUCUCUGCUGUAAUUAAGGCUGACAGCACCUGCAGUUUCUUCAAGUGCAAAGCCAGCGUAACAACUCUGGGACAGCUCUGCCUGCAUUGCAACAGACGUUACUGUCUCAGCCACCAUAUCCCAGAGAUUCACGGGUGUGGGGAGAAAGCCAAAGCUCAUGCGCGGCAGAGAAUCAGCAAGGAAGGGACGCUGUAUCCUGGGAGUGGCUUGAAAGACAAGUCCUUGGAUCCUGCCAAGAGAGCUCACCUCCAGAGACGCCUGGACAAGAAGCUCAGUGAACUGACCAGCCAGCGAAAGAGCAAAAAGAAAGACAAAGAGAAGUAAGAAGAGUUGUGGCUCAUGAAAGGAAUUCACCCCAACAAGCUGUCCUUUAAAGCAGCAUGUUCAAAUGUUGCAGGAAAAAGCCAAUAAAGUCUUUGAACAUUUGGGCUCGUUUUUUUUCUUACAACCAGAAUGUGCUUUUGAGCGUCACAGAUCUCAGAGGGCACAGCACUGAUGAAAGCUGCACCUUGAAAAGCCUUAUCUGCAGCUUUUGAACAAUGCUCGUGGUGCACCGUGUGCCAUAAAAUGUGUUUGUACCUGUCACAUCCACUUUCUAAAACCCUGUUGAUUAGGGAAGAAAAGCGGGCUGCUUUGGCUUUCAAUAAUUACUUUUACUGGCAGUGUAAUAAAAUAUACAGUGGAUGGUUAUAUAAGUAGCUAUACAAUAAAGAGGGAUCCCUAAUUAAGAGCAUGAAUGAAUGAAUGAAUGAACAAAACAUAGGUACGUAAUAUGUUUGUGAAAGUGAAAGGAAGGGAAGGGAAAGGAUGCUAUAGAUCUGGAUGAAGGUGGACUGAUCUUGUGGAGUGGAGCUGAUAAAUGAAUACAGGAGAGAAAGUGAAGGUGUAGGUUUAAUUAUGAAAAAGCUACAAUAUAUGGCAAAGUAUGAAUUGGUACUAUCUAGAAUGUUGGUGGAUAUGCAAGAAUAAUAGUUUGAUCAUAAUUACACAAUAAUCUCCAUGAAUGUUUAUAUUGGAGGAGCCAAGGAUUAGACUGGGGAAAAAUUCUGCGUGAUUCUGAAUAUGAGAGAGUGUAGAAAAAAAUUAUCCUGCUAUUGAUAGGAAUGGAUGGGGGGAAAAAGUUAAUGGGCUGCUUGGAGACCCAAAAAAUGAAUGAGAACUGUGAUUGUUUUGUGAGCAUUUGUUUAGAGGAAGUUCUGUUUCAAAUAUGUGGUUUACUACGUGUUUUUCUGUACAUAUGGAAAAGCAAUUAAUCCUUUUGGAUGAUGCUUUGAUUAUUGAUGAUAGAAGAUUGAGAGGCUUUGUGAAGUGUACAAGGAUAACACGAGCUUUGGACUGUGGGAGAGACUUUAAUUAUGUCAAGAAUGGAUCUUGGGGGUGGGGGGAAAUGCAAAUGGGAGAAAAGGGAAAUAAAUGAGUGGAAGUAGAAUGAGUACAGGAAAUAGUACAAGCCCUGUAUAAAAAAUCAUUAGUACGUUGAAUUAUCUCCCAAGAAAUUAUUAAAAUAUAGACAUAAGCCAAGAGGAUAUGGACAUUGCUUGGAAAAGAAUAACCAGUAUAAUGCUGCAAAUGCUACAGAAAUGUAUGCAAUUACACUAAUGAGUAUUAAAAAGGAUGCUUGGAAUGAUGGCAAAAGGAGGUGGAUGAUGAACAAAAAAAAAUGCAUAUAAGAGAAUGAUCGCUGCAAAAAAUGAGGAUGAAAGAAGUAUUUUUAAUGAUACGUACAGACAGAAGAAUAUAGUACCAAAGAAUAUGAAACCAAAGGAACAAUUAAGAUAGAGGCAAAGAAAAUGCAGAGGGAUUUUCAUUGAAGCAAAGCAUUGUUUGGGAAGUAGGUGAACAGGACUAACAAGAAACAUCCAGCAGACUGAAUGAAUUAAAAAUGAAAGUGGUGAACUGAAUUGGAAUGAACCUAGAGUGAGUAAAUAGUAAAGCAGGAUUGUAGAGAUUUGUACAGUGAUAUAUUGAAGAGUGGAAUUGAAAUAGUGUCCAAGAAAAAAAAAUGGGAGUCCUAAAUAUUGGGAGAAUGUUAAAAAUAGUAAGGCUAUAGAUGUAGAUGGAGUAACUGGAGAGUGUAAAAUAUGGAUGUGGUUUUCUUAUGGAGUGGCUGUGUGACUUCCUUAACAUUUGUAUGAAGACUGCAUCAGUGCCGAAAGAAUGGAAUCAUUCCAUUAUUCUCUGAAAGUUGCUAAAAUGAAUGCAAAAAUUACAGGAGUUUUAGUUUGUAAAGUGUCUAUAAAAAGUGUUCGGCAGAAUUUUGACUGAAAAAGUACUGAGGUGAUAAUGAGCAAAAUUAAGGAAGUGUAGACAUUUGCUCUUCAGCAAUUAACUGAGAAAUAUAUGAAUGUGAGGUAGAAAGUUGAUUUAGAGAAACCAUAUGAUGAUGUGAAUAGGCUUGACUUAUGAAAUGCUUUGUACAGAUGUGAAGUCAGUUACUGAAUGCCAUAAAAGCAGCGUAUAAUGGAACUAAAGCAUGUGUGAGAAUAAAUGGAAAGCUUAGCCAGUUGUUCAACACUGAACAGGGAGUAAGACAAGGAUUGUGGUGUUCCAUUGUUUAUUGAAUGUAUUUAUGAAUAUAUGUAUAAGGAAGACUUGUGGUAAUGUUAGAGGCAUGUUGGUUGGGAAUGUAAACGAUUAUUUUUGUUUGCAGAUAGCUGAGAAUUAGAGCAAUGUGAGGUUAAUAUUAGAUCAAUUGUAUGAUGCAGCAAAGAGUAUGAAAAUUAAUGUAAUUAAUGUAAUUAAAGAUGAAUGUAGUGUUUAUAAAAAACGAUAUGAACAAUUGCAAAUUAAACAUAAAUGGUGAAAAACUUUGCCAAAUGGAUGAAUUUGUGUGCCCUGAUAGUUUUCUACAGAUGGAAAAAUGAAGAAAUAUUCAGAUGUGCAAAUGUUAAUAGAAAAGUAG